UAACUGGCAUCUUACUACCUGUGGAUUUCUGAGCAGCAGCAAAAUGUGAAACUCACCUAAUUACUGCAGAGAGGCCUUGGAGAUGAUUUCUUGAAACUACUAGGAUGCCCAACUGCUUUAAAAAGACCUCAUUUGCCUUGACUGCUGCAUUGAGUUUUGUGUCUUUUCUCUUGAUUGUCAUUGCUAUGGGGACCCAAAAGUGGAUGACUGGCAAAAUCCUUUGUAAAACAGGAGCUGAUUUGGUCAACGCCACAGAUCCAGAGCUAGUCAAGUUCAUUGGAGAUAUUUACUACGGACUCUUUCGGGGGGGCAAAAUACGACAGUGUGGUUUAGGUGGGCGGCGUUCCAAAUUCACAAUCUUCCCUCAUCUGGUGAAAAAGCUGAAUGCAGGCCUUCAUGUGAUGAUUUUAAUCUUCCUUUGUGCGGCCAUUUCCUUUGCUCUGGUCAGUUUUGGAUUCUGCAUUCUCAAUGCAAUAAAAGUUCCAUACCGAGCUAUUAAAGGUCCAGCAGGUAUUUGCCUAUGGAAUUUACUUGCAGGAGGCUUUACAGCACUGGCAGUCGCUAGCUUUAUAGCUGCUGUUAAACUUCAUCGCCUAACAGAAAGAAUUGCCAAUUUCCAGGAAAAUGUCUUUCAGUUUGUAAUUUUGGAAGAACAGUAUGAAAGCUCCAUUUGGCUUUGUGUGGCUAGUGCUACAUCUCAUGUAGUAAAUUUGUUGCUAAUAGCCAUAAGUGGGGUUCGUUUCCCUGAAUUCAAGACUAAAACAGAAGAGGCGACUGUUACAGCAGAAGAUAUCAUGUACUGAUAACCUUCACCUACAUAAAACUAGUUCUACAAAGUGAACUCUCAUGAUAAGAACAGCUCCUUGGUUCUCCAGUUUUUUAACUGGAUGGAGAUUGUUGCUGUCAUGGAAAGUAAAACUGCACUUGCAGAAAUAUACAGUAUUUUUGAGGCCAGUUGUCAGUACCAGCAAUUAAUAUUCACUGCAUGGAAGACAAACUAUAGAAACCUCAUGAUUGAAAAACUAACUAAUAUGAACAACAAUAAAGUUAUUUUCUAGAAUAUUUUUCAUCUUAAAUAUUUUACAUAUUUGAGUUAAAGUAUGUUUUCACCAAAACCAAAAAGUGAACUAUAGGUAAGGAAGAGAAUACAUAAAUCACAAUACUUCGGUCUUUAAUUUACUUGAAUGUAUUUUUAUUUCAAAGCAGGAAGAACAGACACAGGAUUUAAGGUUUUAUCCAGAGUUGCAAGCUAUUUCCUCAGAAUUCUCUAGAAAAUCUGUGAGGGCCAAGUACACCUUGUUUAUUGAUAUGCUACAGAACUGGCAAAGUAAACUCCAUUACCUGGAAGACUGAAAUGUAAGGGAAAGCACCAAGAACUUGUGGAAAGAUUUAGAAACUUAGAAACAAAUAUCAAAAGCUAGACUCUAGAGGAGUGGAAAGAAAAAGAAUAUGGAAUAUUAUAAUAAGAAUAUUCUUAGGGAAGAAUAAUAGCAUCUAAGAAAAGUGAAGAGCUGGAAAGUGAAGAGCUCUCUAGCCAAUGAUGGGCAAAAUGUUUGUACACAGACUCUAAAUAAUAUUAGGAUUGUUAUGAUAACUUGAAGAUUCAUAUUCUGACAGACUUAUGGUCCUCGGGCCUCUGCCAAUUCUUGUUUUUAUCUGAAAUUAAGUACAAAAUGUUGUCUGAUGAAACAGUAUUAAAAUGGAAAAAUGUUAUACUAAAAUGGUUAGAUGUGUGGAAAAUUUUGUUUGUGUGAAAUACCAGCACUACCACAAGCAUUUAAUCAACUGAGUCACAACUGAUGUGUGUUCCCACCUCACCAUCACCUCCCAAAACAAUUCUGGCUGGUUCUGAAUCUUGGGCAUAUAGUUCUGCUUUACUACAUAAUUGCAGACCCCCCUAGUGUUGCUGUAGUUAAGACUGAAUUUAAGCACAAACUUAUCUGCAAAACUUCUUGAGUUUAACUAGCAUAGUGAAACAAACUAGAUUCCUAAACUAUUUAUAGAUGACAAUUACAGAAAAUUGGAUGUAAAGAAUUUAUUU